GAGACGCUAGCGGAUGUUCCGAGACAGCGACUCUUGCUUGCGAAUGCGGAUACAUCGCUGCCGGCAACAAUGCUGCGAGCGGUAUUAUUCCUCUGGGUCCUCCAUGAUGUUAGUGGACUAAGGAUGUUGGAGCUACAAGUGCCCCCUUCUAUACUUCGAGGACAAGCUAUCACUCUCAACUGCACAUUCGAUCUGGAAGGAGACAUCUUAUAUUCCAUCAAGUGGUACAAAAACAAUGUCGAAUUUUAUCGGUAUAUACCGAGUGAAAAGCCUCCUGGACAGAAAUAUCCUCUACGAGGAAUAUAUUUAGAUAGCAAAUUUCCCCAUGGCCCCAGUAUCCAGAUGCACAAAACAGACUUGGCCUCAGAAGGCACCUACAGGUGCGAAGUAUCAGCCGAGGCACCUUAUUUCCAGACAGUGAUGGAUGAGAAGGAGCUCAGGGUUUAUGUUUUGCCCGAGCGUGGACCAACUAUUCUCGGAGCUCGUUCCAGAUAUUCUAUUGCGGACGACUUGAAUGUCACAUGUAUGUCUGCUCCCUCCAAACCUCCCUCCUUUCUUCAAUGGAAAGUAAACGGCGAAGAGAUGAGUCGAGAUUCAGUCUGGGCACAGAUUCUCGGCGCUCCUGUAUCUGCUAUGAGGUACAAAGAGGAGAACUUAGAGUCCUAUGUUCAACUUUUCAGGUACAAAGUUAGUCCUGGUUUCCUGUUAAUGGGCGACAACGAUCGUCCAACUGUCUCCUGUCAA